CAACCAGCCAGUCUGCCACACAGUGGCCGCAGCUCCUAGCUCCACCACAGGCUGCUAUAUAUACGGCAACCUGCUUCAGUCGUCAGUGCCAGGCAUUCCUCAAGGCAGUGUGUCCCAUUCACAGGGUUGUCUUGGGAGGUAGUCCCGGCCUUGGCAGUUUGUGGACAGUGUGAACGACUUCAGCCUGUAGUCAGUUGGUUCUGGCAAAUUUUCUCAGCAUUUUGAUGUCUCAAAGGAUGUGACAGCACAUUGUUUCUCAACUUCUUGCUGUAAUGAUAAACAGUAGAGCAACGCUUGUGUAGGAGGCAUGCUUCACUGAUCCCAAUCGGUAGAGUGAUUCAGCAUGAAUGAGUACGAAGGCAGGUCACGGGGUUACACGCGGAGUAACCCUACACCUGAUGACUGGGAUAAUGUUGCACCGGAUUACGAGGAUGAGUCGAGUCCAAGACACUCAGGCGAAGCAGGACCUGUUUGGACUACACCCAGUCACCAGCCACCUGAGACAUAUACCCAUGGUGGACGGAGACAGGCAGGCAGGGAAAUAGACAGGUCCGAGUUACAUCCGGUGGGGUAUAGUUCUUCCAUGGAUAACAGAGGUGGUGUAAACCCAGGGUACAGAUCCUCGGAUGGUGACAUUCCCUAUGGAAGGGACAGAUCUGAUGUCGAGAGGGGAUACUCUCCCGAACGCCAACACAGUCGGCAAGGGUCAGGAGGGUAUGACAAUCAAGGGUUUCCAGAUGGACCAAGAGUUUAUUCAGUAGAUGAUUACGAGGCACAAAGGUACAUGGCACAACGUGGUCGAUCUCCUGAGGUUACCCGGAAUGAAGCCUUCCAGAUGUCUGACAAUGGAACAUCCCCUGGUGGUGUUGCUGAUUUCUCCCCACAGCUGGGACGGUAUAGUGACGAAGUAGAUGGACGGUAUGUACAGCAUAAUGGGAGGCAUUACCGUACAGACAAUGACAAUUAUUCAGUGUACAGCUUGGAUUUUGGUGACUUUGCAGUGGGAAAUAACGUAUGGGAUAAACUGCAUACAAUUCGACUCAGGAGAAAGAGUCAGAAGUCAAGAAAAUCUGCACGGACCUUGUCACGUCGUCGACAUGAAGACGAUGAGGAUGAGGAUGAUGAAGAAGAGAUGGAAGGAUUACUGCCUAGUCUGCAGGCUCGUGUCAAGCAGAAAUCCCUUCAUGAACGACUCAAGGAUAGGGUGCAGUCGACUAACGAAGCAGCGGAAGCGAUGAGAGACACUGCUACCCUACAAGCUGGGGGAGUCUUGUCGGUCAAACAAAGUAUUAAACAGAGCUGGCAGAAGAAGAGGUCCCAACUGAAGGGCUGGUUGUACCAGCUGGAGCUAUGGGCAAGCACCUUCAAGGAGAUCGAGGGUCGGUUUGGCACAGCGACUGUGUCGUAUUUCCGCUUCACACGAUGGCUCAUGUUCCUCAACCUGUACAUCUUCUUGCUGAUGUUCUGUGUCAUCGUCAUCCCAUACUUCGCCCUCCCUACCCCGGACUCCUUCCACAGUAUGACCACGGUCAACCAUACGGACACCUUCUUCCAGGAGGCUGACCGAUGUACUACUCUGUACACGGUCCACAUCUACAAUCUGACUGCCUCAGAGUCUGUUGGGGACAUGGUGCUGGACUUCAUUCAGGGCACUGGAUGGAUGGAGAGGACGGAGCUGUUCUACGGCGUGUACUACAACCGCACAUACCCCCUCCCUAACAACAAGACUGGCACCUACAACAUGAACCUGGCGUACCUGCUCGCCACUGGCAUCUGCUUCCUCCUCAGCUUCAUCCUCAUUGUUAAAAACUCCGGCAAGAGUGUGAAGGAAGCUGUGGUUGACCAGGAGAACUCCAAGUCUCUGUACUGCAACAAGGUGUUCUGUGCUUGGGACUUCUGUAUCUCCAAUGAGAAGACUGCAGCUUCCAAGAUGGCCAGUUUCAAACUAGAGCUGCAGGAUGACCUGAAAGAGGCACGCCGGAGGUUGCGGCAGGCGGAGAGAUCCACAGGAGAGAAGUGUCGCCUCAUCUUCAUCCGAAUCUUCAUCAACCUGUUUGUCAUCGGUAUUCUGGGCGCCUCCCUCUACCUCAUCUACUACACCACAGAGACUCUACUGGAGCUGGACAAGACAGGGCAGACCGAGAUAGUGGUGCUCAUCUACCAGUACCUCCCCUCACUUGCCAUCACUGUCCUCAACUUCCUGGUCCCCCUCAUGUUCACCAAGGUUGUCAUUGUUGAGGACUACAGUGGCUCCUUUGAACUGAAAAUCACCCUCUUCAGGACAGUGUUGCUUCGUCUUGCUUCCUUGGGGGUGUUGAUUCUGUCCCUGUACAUCCAGCUGCUGGGUGGGGAUGAUGACAGUAUGGACUCCACCUGUGGGAACAAGCGCUGGUCAGCGUCGAAUGGCUCCGACUUCAGUCCCAGUAUCAAGUGUUGGGAGACUUAUGUUGGACAACAAUUCUACAAGCUGGCAUUACUUGACUUUGUCACUGUUGUACUUCUCACAUUCCUUGUGGAAUUCCCCAGAAAAUUAGUUUUCCGGAAACUCUUCAGGUUUAAACUGAUACAGCUGAUUGGAGAGCAGGAGUUUGACCUCCCCAAGAAUGUUCUGGACAUUGUGUAUUCACAGACAUUGUGCUGGUUGGGCAUGUUCUUCUCCCCAUUGAUUCCUGCCAUGACACUGAUGAAAGUCCUUGUUAUUUUCUAUGUGAAAAGGCUGACAGUAUUGCACAACUGUAUUCCGCCGCUGCGGCCGUAUCGAGCAUCGAGAUCUAACUCCUUCUUUAUGACAGUAUUACUGUUCUCCUUCGUGCUCUCCGUCAUCCCUCUGGGCUACCUCAUCGGCACUGUGAAUCCGUCUCAGAGUUGAGGCCCCUUCCGCCUGUACAGCCACGACGAUCACGUCAUCUUCGACACCAUCACCAAUACUGUGAGGACAUGGCCGUCUGUGGCCAGAGAUAUAGUGUCCUACCUUGGCACUGUGGGCUUCUUUGUGCCUGCCAUCUUACUGCUGUGUCUCCUGAUGGUAGUACUACUUGAUAUCCUGUCUCAGGGCUACAAGAAGAUGGAACAGCUGCUCAAGGAACAACUCAAGAUGGAGGGUCGUGAUCGUCAAUUCCUGCUGACUCGUGUGAAUGAGGUUAUACAGAGGGGGGAACUUGGAACAGCAGUAACUGGAUAACAGACCUUGUGCUCAUACCUUUACCGCCUUUGUUCAUCAGCUGUCUCUACACGUGCCUUGGUUUUAACAGCUGUUAGCAGAAAUGUACAUCUAUUACCUGGACCUGGAUCCGUCACAAGUGCAUUUCUUAAACGUAUAACAUUCCAUGAAAGAAAGUGUUUUAUAUGUCAGAAUGCAGCUACACAUUUUAUUUUACAGAAUGCAAAGGAAUGAUCCGUUGUAUUCAUCAUUGUUUUGUAAAAUGCCCCACAAAACAAUUUCACAUCAAAAUUCAAUACCCAUGUGCUUCUCAUCUACACAAUGAGGCAUGUACCUCCUACAUCUUGAUGACUGUAGAAAUGGGAUAUGUAUACAGUGAUAUUGGCAACAUUCAACUCAGCCCUCAUAGGUGGUCAAGCAAACAUUUCUUGAUGAACUAAGAAUGCUUUGACUGGUCUGGGAAUACAAAGAUGUCUUCCAAAGGUUGUAUAUUUAUAUAAUAUAUGUAUAAUAUGGAUUUGUACAGUACAUGUUGCCACACAUGGUUUCAUGCUUGACCAUGUUCAUAAUAUCUGGAUUCAACUAACCCAGUUGCAGUGGGAGGAAGAUUGUGACUUCAUCAGUGGAGUACAGCCACUGUGUCACUAAACAUCAUCUCCCAGCUCAACAAGCUUGAAACAAUGUCAGCAAGAUGGUUGCUGGUGGGACAAAUACAAACUGGAGCAUGGCAUCCUUAUCUAGUACCACCAUGUGUGUCAAUGUAGUAUCUGGAGGUGCGUUGACGUGCUAGUUGGUUGUGUCAACGUAGUAGCUGGAGAUGUGUUGACGUGCUGCUGUGAGCAAUUGGUUGUGUCAAUUGGUCAACAUUAUUUCUUUGUCCUUGACUAUAAUAAGUGUGUAUGUGUAAGUAUAUGUAGACGGUAUGUGGUACUGGCACUGUGCAGGUGCUUGACAUGUUGAUGACAAUCAGCUUAGUACAUCCACAAAUAUAGCAACCAUAAAGUGGCUAUGAAUACAUGACACGAAUUUAUGGAUAACAACUUAUUUAAAUUCAGGUGAUGAAGGAACAUGUAUUAGCUCUGAAUUAUCGUAUAAGGAAUUUAAAUAAGUUGUAAUCCAUAAAAAUGUGUCAUGUAUUCAUGUUCGUCCAACUUCUAAAUACAUGUACCUUUCAAGAACUUCAUAAAGUGGUCACAUUCUAUGGUAAUAUUCACCUGAUGUAAAUAAUGUUUGAAAUGUCCAUAUUGAUAUCAUACUGCCUCCACUUGCUCAACUUCCA